AUGUCAUUCAUGAUGGUUGACCGACUGCCUGUUCCUAAACUAUCUACAUAUAUUUCGGCUACUGUAUUAUCCAUUUCAGCAGCUACCUAUUAUUCAGUUAAAUACAGCUUUGAUGCAUCACAAGAAUCAAAUUCUAAUCUUCAGGUUGAUGAAGAUCCAACGAAAACAGAUCCAAUGGAUGUAUAUUAUGAACAAAUGCUUAAUGUGUUAGCAUUUAUGCUGCAAGAUCCUCUAUGCUUUUUGGUUCUUUGUAAUGGCGCAAUUUGUAGCAUAGUGAUGAUAGGCGCCGUUAUACAGUCACUGGUUCUGGGUAGCUUAAGACCAGUAGAACACGUUCAAUUUCGGGAACGUCUAUGGAACUGGGUUAUCUACAAAUUCAUUUUUAUGUUUAUAAUCCUCAAAGCUUAUACGUUGGAUAAAGUAGCACUUUGGCUAUUUUGGUAUUCUACCCUAGGAUUUCUUCAUUUGAUGACCAGUUUGUGUAAAGAUCGAUUUGAAUAUAUGUGGAUGUCUAUGGGUACUGGUGCUAGAGUGAAUUGGAAAUAUAUUCAUAUGUCUGUACUUUUAUCUAUCGGAUUUAUAUUUUCUUUGUUGCUGUUGAAUUUUGCAUACCUUGUUGGCCUCACACUAUCAAAACAUAUAUUUGCUUUUAUGGUCAUAGAGUGCCUGAUGUUGGCUGGAAGUAUUGUCCAUAUAUUUCUUCGACAUUAUAUCCAACUUUUUCAUCGUAACUCUAUAAACCAUACAACUAGUCCUGGUAAAUUGAUUUACUAUUCAGAGUUAGGUUUGGAUCUCGGGAUACGUGUGAUGGAGAUUCUUCAUUAUUCACAUGCUAUUAUAUGGACCAGUUCAUAUUUAACUAUGGCUGGUUUUGUAAUAUUUAUGCACAUGAGACAACUAAUCAGUGAUAUUCAAAAACGACUACAAAAACAUAAGAAUUUUCUUUGGGUCCAUUCUCAUCUAGAAAAAAACUAUCCUAUGGCAACUGCUGAAGAAUUAGAUACAAAUUCUGAUAACUGUGCAAUAUGCUGGGAAAAAAUGGAUUCUGCUAGAAAACUGCCUUGUGGUCAUUUAUUUCAUAAUGGAUGUUUACAAUCUUGGAUGGAACAAGAACCAUCAUGUCCAACAUGCAGAUUGUCAUUAACGUUAGGUCACAAUCAAAAUAUGCCAAUGAAUUCGACAAAUAAUGGUGGCCAAGAGACACUGGGUACUCAUACUCACAUUCCUCAUCAUUUUUUCCACUUCGAUGGGUCUAGAUAUUUAUCAUGGUUACCAAGUUUUUCUGUUGAAGUAACACAUUCUCUAAGACCUACAAGUCAAAUACACACUUCACAAAUGGAAACAAUGGCUCGACAAGUUCUACAAUUGUUUCCACACUUUACUAUGCAUUCAAUUAUUGAAGAUUUAUCAACUACUCGUUCUGUGGAUUUAACUAUUGAUAACAUAUUAGAAGGUAGACUAGUGGCACCGCAACAAUUUAUUGAAGAGGAACCUGUUAUUGUUGAAACUGUACCUAUUGUUAACAGUGUUGAACAAUUUAUCAAUACACCUACACCUGCUAGCUUCAACACAAAUAUUAGUGAACCUGCAAUAGAUGGACUCGUGAGUAUGGGCAGCCAGUUUUCUAAAUCACCCGAUGAAAGAGAGAAUAUGCUCAGAGCUCGAAAACAGGCAAUGAUUAUGAAGGCCAGACAGAGGUACAUGAGCAAAGAUGGAGAUGGUUCAUCAAAAACUGACUAAUAAUGGCUUCGUAAAGACACGCACACGCAUACACACACAUACUGACACAAAAGAAAGCUAAGACUGUGAUUAGAAACCCAUUAUUUGAUUUUAAUUUAAGGAUAUAAUAUAAAUUAUUGUAUCUGUAUAAUAUAAUAUGCAUAAGAUUAGGUUUUGUCCAAUUCAAAAUACCAAAAUAAUUAUAAAUUAAAAUAAAUAAUUAUAAACAUAUGUCAAAAUGAUAACUGUUAAAAAAAAUUGAUAGGUGUCUAGAGGAGUGAACAUUGUUGGUGUUGGUUAUCCUACCAAGUAGAGCACACCAACUUUACUCUUAAUGUAGUGUUCUAUGUUUGAAAAAUACUUGAUCAUCAUUGAAUAUUUGGGUUUUAUACAUAUUUUCUGAAUUUUUAGAUACCUUCUAGUAAAUGUAUUACCUUUCUGUAAACUAGAACUUUGUUAGUUAUACAUACAUCUUGAAUUAAAAAUCCUUAUUCAGUAGAUCCCCUUAUAUUUAUAACUAGAGUUAGAAUGUUCAUUUACCAGAUUUAUAUUUGGUUUUUUU